AUGAGGAGUGGAGACCCGCAGAAUCGCGUUGCAUACUCCACACUCAGUGGACAUGGACGACGUCCAAGCUACCCCGAACGCUCUCAGCUGAUCUAUCAGAGCAAGGAAAUCCUCGACAGUGAUCCAGAUCAGGCUUUCGAAUCAAGAGUUGCUGUCUGCUGCCGUGGUCGUCAGGUUCCUGUAUCCAUGUCUCAUUCUGCCAAGCUCAGCCUCUUCCACCACCCUAUCACGCUGGCUAUCACCAUCUUCCAAGUGACCAUUUCCUCGCCCCUCGAGAAGCCAGUGGAGUCAUAUUGGAUGUCUCGACUAGUGCAGAACUGGUAG